AUGAAUAUCCUUCGAACUUCUCACAUUCGUCAUCUUUCUCUAUUAAAUAAGAUUCAUCAUUUAGCUUAUUAUUCUCCGUUAAAAUGGCUUUAUGUUGCUUCAAUUGAUUCAAUUUCAAUUUUUGAUGAUAAUUUAACAUUAGUACAAAGUAUAUCGACAAAAAAUUCUUAUUUAAAUGAUUAUGAUAUAUGCCAAAUUAAUCCUUGUCAGUGUUUAAAUAAUUUAACAAAUGAUUAUAAUAACAACAAUGAUGAGGAUUUAACAUCGGAUCGAUAUCGUCGUUCGAAAUUAAUUCAAUCAUUAAAUUUACAACAUUCUACCGAUCAAAAUAAUUAUAAUUUAUUAAUUUAUCUUGAAACAGAAAAUCAAAUAAAGAAUCAACCAUAUUUAAUUGAUUGUUGGUCUCUACAAGCAGGUUCCUGUAUUAUUCGUAAUGCACUGAAUCUAUCACAAAUUUAUUAUCAACAAAUAUCAACAACUAACGAACAAAAUCAGGCACAAAAAUUUUUGUUCAAUACUGAUUCAAAAAUACCAAAUCAUAUAUUUCCGUUUCAUUUUAAAUUUAACAAAUGUAAUAAUACACCGACUUAUCUAUUUUUAACAUCAACAUUAAAGAAAAACUUCGCUACACCGAAUCCAAGAGAAAAAUCCGACGAUUUAACUGAUCGUUUUUAUUUUCAAUGUCUUGAACAAGGACAACGACGUACAAUUGCUUUGCGAGCGUUUGUAUAUGAUGAUGAAAUAAAAAAACCGGAACACUAUGUAAACAAAUCUAUGAACACAACGGUCAAACUACGAACCAGUACCGUUGUUAAAGAAUCGAUUAUGAAACAUCAAAAUGUUCACGUCGAGAACUCCAUUAAUACAACAAGGUCAUCUUCAAAUAACAAUAUAUCAAAUGUAACAUCAGUUAAAGCAAUACACCGAACAUCAUCAACUGCUUCAAUGAUUCCUGAUGAUCAUGUAACAAAUAUAAAUAAGAAUAAGAAUAACAGUGCAUCAUCUGAAUUCAAUUUUAUUCAUGAACAGGUUCCAUUUUUGAAUAUAAAUGAUUAUUGUCCUGAACAAUUAUCUGUUGUACGUUCAAUUUAUACAGAUUUUUUUGAACGAGAAUCUUCUGAUAAAUUUCGAAUAUUUCAAGAUAUUUUCUAUGAUGAAAAUAAUUCAGCUAUAUAUUUGUUUACUAAUCAACAACAUGUUAGUAAAAUCAUACGUUUAUGUGAAGGACAAAUAUCAUUUCGACAUUAUGUUGAAUUACAAAUUACCUGUGGAAAUGAUUAUACUCUUAUACAAAAAGUUAAAGUCAUUAAACUAAACAAUAAUAAACAAUAUCUAUUGACAAUAGCAUCAAAACCGAAGACAUCAAAUAGUAUUGAACCAUCAAUAAAUAGUCAUUCAGCCAUAUGUUUAUAUGAACUUGAUCAAAUAAGAAAUGCUUUUAUUGAGAAUAUUCUCGAUUUAGCAAAAGGAAAUGUUUCACUCGGUAUGGCUUGGUUACAUGGCGAAUCAGUUAUUCCGCAAUAUCCUGCCCCAUAUGGAAAUUUAGCUCGAUGUUCAACAACACGAGAUGCAAGCUAUUUAAUGAUCUACGAAGGACCGUCGAAUAUUUCUUCACAGCCAAUAAUGAAUUUUUCAUCUGAUCAAUUAACAUCAUUGGAAGCAACUAUAGUUAAUGGUUAUAUUGUUAUUUUAGCUGGUACAGCUGAUGGUAAAAUUAAAAAGAUCAGUGUUCAACCAACAACGAAGAAAGCUUUUCAAUUUGAAGAAAUAUUGGUUCAUCAUGACGAAUCCAUUCUUCGCGAUAUGAUGUUAGAUAAAAAUAAUCGUUUUCUUUAUGGAGCAACAAAAACACAAAUCUUUCAAGUUGAUCUUCAUGAUUGUAAUCGAUUUAAAACAUGUUCAUCAUGUCUUUCAACACAAAAUCCAUACUGCGGCUGGGGUACAACAAUAAAUCGCUGUACGAUACAACAAAAUGAAAACAAUGAUAAACGACGUUUUCGUUGGUUACAAAUAUAUGAAAGUUGUCCAACUAUUAUUGAAACAGCGCCUGUUGUCAUUUCAAAAGGAAAAUCGGACAUAUUACAUUUGAAGGUUGCUAGUGUACCCGACGAUUCUACUUCGAAAUAUUUCUGUUCGUUUGCAUUAACUUCACUUCUAACAGAAACAGAAGAAAAUGAUACUGAUACACCUAUUUAUAUAUCAAAUGCUAUUAAAUAUGAAAAUUAUAUUACAUGUUAUUCACCACCACCUCAAGCACUAUCGAAUAUUGCUCACGAUUCAAUCGUGAUACAUCUGUUGUAUAAUGAUAUUAUUCUUGCAGAAAAAAAUAUUACAUUUUAUGAUUGUUCAUCAUAUGUGACAUGUACAUCAUGUAUGAAUAAUUCAUUCGAUUGUACAUGGCAAUUAUUAACAUCAACAUGUGUUGAUAGUGAUUUAGUUGUGGAGAAAAACGACACGAUUAUAAAUAGUUCUUCAAUUAAUCAAUGCCCGCGGUAUAAUGUAUCAAAAAGAGAAAUAUUUGUUGUUGAUGGCGAUUCGUUUAUUCUUGGUGAAAAGGGCCGAGCGAUUAUUCAAACAAUUGAAUUAAAAUUUACUAUUCAAAAAUAUUUUCGUUGUGUAUUAACAUUAAUAAAUUCUAGUAAAAUCACUAGCAUUGGAAAAAUCAUAAACGAUUUAUUUAUUUGUGAUCCAUUUCAGAUUUCUUAUGAGAACGAUAUUGGUCAACAAAGUUUAACAUUCGAUAUCGAAUGGAAAGAAUGUGAAAAUGAAUGUACGUAUAAAAAAUUGGAAGCUCUCACAGAUUUCACAGUAAACAUUUAUAAAUGUAAACAUCUCGCUGAUUCUUGUGGUUCAUGUUUAUUACUUCAUGAAAAUUAUCAUUGUAUAUGGUGCGAGACAGAUAAAUCAUGUCAUCAUGAAAUAAAUUCAUCAAUAUGUAAACCAAAUCAUAUAAUAAGUUCAUCCAUGGGUAUAUGUCUUGAUCCACGUCUUCGGCAAAUCUAUCCUACAAUAGGUCCACAGUAUGGUCGUACGCCAAUACAAAUAUAUGGUUCAAGCUUAGGUAAAACUCCAUAUGAUAUAUCUGUUGUUCUUAUACAUUCAAAUCAAACGGAAUAUCCAUGUGAUAUUCAAAUUGAAUCAUAUGUUAUUGCUCAAUCAUUUACUUGUCAAAUGCCAUCCUUACCAAUUGGAAUCUAUACCAUUAAAGUUACUGUUCAUUCGGUUGUUAGUAAUGAUCAACCCAUUUUUCAUAUUGUGAAACCAACAAUUAAUGAUGUUUAUCCAAAUCUAGGACCUCGAUCUGGUGGUACUUUACUUUCAAUAAAAGGAAAACAUUUAACAAUAGGAAGCAAAAUAAAUAUAUUUGUUGGCCAUCAAGCAUGUUCACUUGUUGAAAAUGAAGAAACACUUAUUAGUAGUACAAUAUCAGAUGACGAAAAUAAUCAACUGUUAACUUCGUCCGUAUCACAAUUCGAAUCAUAUAAUGAAAAUGAAGAAGAAACAAUUCAAUGUCGUACAUCUAAAUUAGCAGCUAUAAACGAACAUGAUGACAAUCGAAAACAAAGAUUUGUUAAACGACAAGCAUUAUGGAUUGGCACAAUUACAAUAUUAAUUGAUAAUUUUACAGAAACUUAUUCAAAUAUAACUUAUUCAUAUACAGAGGAUCCACGCGUAUAUAAUCUAAGUCGAUAUGCAGGUAUUCAAAGCGGUGGUUUACCAUUUCUUGUUCAUGGUUCUAAUUUUAAUUCUAUUCAAACACCACAAUUCUUCGUCGAGUAUAAUAAUCGCCAAUUAUUUAUUGAGAAUUGCUCAGUUAGAACUGCGGAAAGUAUGCUUUGUUAUGGCCCAUCGUUCAAAUGGAUAGAAAAUGAAACAAAAAAUAAAAGUUCAAUAUUAUCUACAGCUACAACAAUGAUUUUAUCAACUACAACAAUGUCAUCAUCGUCAGCAACAACAAUAACUCAUAGUUUACACUCACGAUCAACGGAUAAAAAUCAUUGUUUUGAAUUGAAAUUUGGCUUUUUUAUGGAUGAUGUUGAACAUGUUCGCAAUACGUCAACAUAUGUUGAGACAUUUCUAAUUUGUCCUGAUCCAAUUCUACAUGCAUUUAAUGAUGAUGGCCAACGUAUACAAUAUCGUCACGACUAUUUAUCAAUUGAAGGUUCAAAUUUACUCGAUGUCGCAACAAUAAAUGAUUAUUCGAUAUCGAUCGGUUCAUAUCCAUGUAUCAUAACAUCAAUAUCCGAUCAACAAAUUGUUUGUCAACCAACAAAUCGUACUAUUGAAAAAUUGAUAAGAAAAAAACGAAUUUUACUUGAUAUUCAUACAAAAUAUAAUGAACACGCUAUUGUUCGCGUCACACUUGGCCGUCGAGUUUAUACAUUGGGUACAUUAAUAUUUACGUCAAAUAUUGAAAAACGAUCAUUAAUCUUAUAUUACAUAAUCGCAAGUGUUUGCGGAUUUUUUCUAACAAUGUUUAUCAUAAUCGUAUCAAUUAUUUUUCGACGAAUAAAUUCAAAACGUACUCGACAACUUAACCGUUUACAGAAUCAAAUUGAUACACUUGAAAUGCGUGUUGCUCGUGAAUGUAAAGAAGCAUUUGCUGAACUUCAAACUGAUAUAGGGGAAAUAACAAAUGAUUUGUCACAAUCAGGCGUACCCUAUAAUGAUUAUCCUAUCUAUUGUAUGAAAGUUUUAUUUCCAAAUGCUACUGACGAAGAAAAAUAUAUGAUGCUUCAUAAUAUUGAUAUACCGCUUGAACCUAAUCGACGAAAUAAUGUUCGACAAGGUCUUCAAUUUUUAUCUCAUUCAUUGUAUAAUCAUCAUUUUCUUCUUGUAAUUAUUCGUACAUUGGAAGCAGAUAAAAUUAAUUUUCGUUUACAAGAUCGUAUGCAAUUUGCAUCGCUGAUCAGUAUACUUCUUCAAGAUAACAUUGAAUAUUUAACUGAAAUAUUAAAAAUAUUAUUAAAAGAAUUAAUUGAAAAGUCAUUACAACAAGACCGAAAUAAUAGUAAAAUUCUAUUAAGAAGUAAUGCAUCUGUCGCUGAAAAGAUGCUUUCCAAUUGGUUUGCUUUUCUACUAUUCGGUUAUAUUAAAGAACGUAUUGGAUCACCGUUGUAUAUAUUAUUUCAAUCAAUUAAACAACAGAUUCAUAAAGGUCCUAUUGAUUAUUUUACAAAUGAAUCAAGGUAUUCACUAAGUGAAGAUAAACUUCUUCGACAACAUGUCGAUUAUCAAUCAAUGAUUGUUUAUGUGAUUCAAUUGGAAGAUGAUAAAUCUCAUCUCAUUGCAACACCGGUGCCCAUUAAGGUUCUUAGUUGUGAUUCAAUCACUCAGGUGAAAGAAAAAAUAGUUGAUCAUUUCUACAAAAACAUUCCUUAUUCCAAACGUCCAUCAAUUGAAGAUUUUGAUUUGGAGUGGAGGAUUGGUUCUCAUAUGAAACUACUUCGUGAUGAUGAAAAAGUUGAUAUUCCUGAUUCAAAUGGUUUUCUACAAGUACAUACAUUAGCAACUUAUAAAAUACAUGAUGGUGCUCGAUUAUUUCUUAGCAUAAAACCUGGUGUGAAUCAUACGAAUACAUCAUCAAAUUCAUCGUUGUUUAGUUCACAAACAAAUUCUGCGGGUUUAGCUCAUGGACUCACCGGUUGCUAUCCAACUAAAAACUCAUCUUAUACAAAAAAACUUGAUGAUGAUCAUAGUUGGCGAUUACUUCAAGGACCUGAUUUAAUCAAUUUCCGAAAAGAUCAUCGAUUUACUAAUACAAUUCAUUCGGAACAAUCAUUUUUCAAUUCACGAUCAGAACAAAAUACACAUUUUUAUCAUUUGGUCAAACCAACCGAUCGUGAAGAUGAUGGUCGAACAUUAAUAACAAAUAAACUUGUUUCAGAAGUUUAUCUAACACGUUUAUUAGCAACAAAAGGUUCAUUACAACAAUAUAUUGAUAGUUUUUUUGAUACGAUAUUUUGUCUUGCUGAUUUGCCAUUGCCAAUUAAAUAUUUAUUUGAUUUUCUUGAUGAACAAGCCGAAAUUUAUCAAAUAUUCGAUUCAAAUAUUAUUCACACGUGGAAGAGUAACAGUUUACCAUUAAGAUUUCUUGUUAAUAUUAUAAAAAAUCCUGAUUUUAUAUUUGAUGUUCAAAAAACCAAUGUUAUUGAUGCAUCCCUGUCAGUUAUUGCUCAAAUGUUUAUGGAUAGUUGUGCUGCCGGUACUCAUCAAUUAACAAAAGAUUCACCAUCAUCAAAGCUGUUAUUCUAUCGUGACGUACAAAAAUAUAAAAAACUUGUAGAAAAGUAUUACGAUGCUAUCUCUUCAUUGCCUACUGUCUCUACUACUGAUCUCGAUCAAAAUGUGAUAAUAAUUAAAGAGCAAGAAAAUCAAAAUUCAUCGAACAAACGAACAAAUGACUUCAAUCGAACUUAUGCUCUCUAUAAAUUAUAUAAUGAAUUUAUAAGUCGAUAUAAGACUAGUUUACGAAUAGCAAUGAUCAAUGAUUUACACAACAAACAGUGUCAAUUAGUAGCGGUAUUUGAACAGAUUGUUACUUUAAUGGAAAGCUUUGAACUUGAUAUUUAA